AUGUUCCGCAGAAAGAGAAGCACAUCUCGUCAUCAGCCUCUCUCCACGGUUAACUCUCAGUCUGCCCAGUCCGCUGCCACCCAUGCCUUCCUUAAAUCCCAACCCUCCUCAAGCAGCCUGUCUUCUGCUGCGGCGGCGGCGGCUCUGCGAAGUCUUACACCUACCCGGACGCCCGUGGAAAAUGUCCAGACAAAGAGAAUGAUUCAAAGGCGGGCCUCCGUAACUUCGCAGACCAGCAUGACAGGUAGCCUCCGUCCAGCCAGCAGGACAGCCCUUCGUCGCAGCAAUAGCUCAAGCUCCAUGAGCAACAGAACGUUCCGAGAACAAUCUCCGCGCCGACCUGCUACCAGUAACGGCCAAGUGGAUGUCGUACCGCCCCUGCCCUCCAUGCCUCCAGGAUUCGCAGGCCGGAAAAAUGCUGGUCGACGCUCCGUCAGCCUGGAGCCAAGCGUGCGCUUCAAUUCCUCGCCCACAAAUAAGACGCUGGGUCGCGGUAUAAGUGUCGACAGAUCGCUGCGAUCGCCGUCCAGUCAGUCGCCCCUCCAAUCCCAACCAUUGUCUACCGUUCCCGAGCUCGAACGAACAAGCAGUCGGAACUCAGUCAAUUUCUCAUAUCCGAUGACUGGUCGACCAACCUCCCCAACUGUCUCGCGUCCGUCUCCCACACAACAUGAGGCGUCGGUUAACGUGUCGCUCAAUCAGGAGUUGUCACCCGCCGCGUCUCCGAAUGCUCGGGUAGCGAAAAACCAGGAAAUGAAGAAGGCAGCUGGGCUCGUUACCGGAAGCCCCGGGAGAACCGCCUCUUCCGUUGGUACCGCUGUCGCAGCUGCACAGGCUGCUGUGGUACCAAAAUCCGAUGGAACGGGUCACUCACCUGUGGCCAAUCGCUUCGUCAAUCAUCGAGAAGCGGCCACUAAUACUCAUGCGCAGAGUCAUGCCUUGCGACAAGUAUCUCAUGCGACGGGGCCAAAGCGGACGCCUACUGUGCCUGAUGAAGACUCCCAGGGCGGAGAACGCGCAGGACCAGAUGGAAUCGGGAGCAGCUUCAACCAUCCGCGCGCCAGGAGUAUUUCGCCUAUCGACGACUUUGUGCCCAAUUCUUCGGAGCAUUUGUAUGCAGCGGAACCUUCAAUCGUCAGAACGCCAGCCACGCCGGACGAAAAGGAUGCACGCCCUACUUACCCUGUCCAUUCCACGGAGUUGAAUGAAUCGGCAAGGCUAGAGAAUGGGCUACAGCAAUCCCCCAUCCGUUAUUCCAACAGCAGCCCGGGUAGAUCUGCUCGAUUUUCAUCUCAACUUGCAGUGACUGGAAUUGCUGAGCAUCAACCUCCUCCGAGAUCGGUCUCACCAGUCAAAUCCGCGCUGAAGAAUGCGCGGAAAAGCUCAUUGUCUCCUGAUGGGAGAAAUGGAGGUGUUCUCCGUCCAGGUCCGUCAAUCAGUGAGCUAUCUGACGCCACUUCUGUGGCUUCAGACGAUGGCUCCAGACUGGGCUACCGUAGGAAGCCUGUCAAAUCCGCCAACCUCCCCGGAGGAACUAACCCCGAGCCCCCUGAAAAAUUCAGGGCCAGAACUGGAUGGUUCGGGGUAGGUAAGCGGAAGACAUCUCAAUGGGAUACCGUGCAUCCGGAUGAGUUCGAUGAGGUUUUGAAGCCCCGACCUGCUCUUCCUUCUUUUGGCAGUAUAAGAGGACGCCGGGAGGACGAACCUGAGCCCGCCCAGCCAGACUUCAGUGAUAACGAGUCUACCGCCUCGUCUGAGUUCGAUGCAGUGGUCUCCGGGUGGUCUGUCUCAAAUGACCAUCCCGGUCAAGGCAUCAUGUCCAACCCUUACGUAACAAGUCAUCCAUAUGGCACAGAAGUCGAUCGCAUCGCCCAUGCUGAGUCCUCUGAAGGUGCUAGCGACCAAACGAAUAAUGAACUAAGACAAGAUGGUGACUUAGUCCAUGAGCCGGCGUCUCAAGCUUCUCAGGCUCUGAAACUGUCCGUAGCGGAUGCACACUUAAUGCGAGAGCAGGAACCAUUAAUGACUCCAGAUGUGGAGUUAGCGCUACAGGGUAUGGCGGUCCAAACAGCCUCAGCUGGUGCCGAAAAAGGGCGUUCAAGUCUUGAGAUAUACAGAGUUCCCGGUGGUUUUCCGCGAACCUCGUUAGAACUUGAGCCCAAAGCUGCGAGUAAAAGGAAAGGCAAGAGGAGAUCACGUGGCAAGUCUAUUGACGAAAAUAUGCCGAAUGGCAAGGGGAGCGAUGACGAGUCAGGGGAAAGUAUUUACAGCGACGCCGAGGAGGGAGUAGAUGGUGAUGGCUUUGGCUCAAUCAAUGCUAUCGUGGAUGCGCGGAUAGCGCAAGGCAAAGACGGCCGGCCUGUUGAUUCUCUCCUCAACAACACAUCCUCCAAAGACGACACUCGCGGAUUUGGAGCUAAGUCCACCAAUGGAGCGGCGAACAGGCUCGAAGAGUCAAGUCAGGCCGAUUGCGCAGCAACUCCCGCGCAAGCGCAACCUGCCGACUCUCCCACCUCCGCACAAGCAUUUUCUACACCGUCUACAGUUCAGACGCAGCCGACCGCCAAAGACCUACAUUCGUCUGCACGCCCGAGUCAAGCGAAGAGGCCCAUGUCAACCAUAGUAUAUAGUGAUUCAGGGCUUCGUGACGCUGUUGCAAAGGAUGGCUCAUUACGCGACCUAUCGGGCAACAGCACCUCUGCUUUGCGUCGAGCCGAUUCUGAGCGGGCCAAAAGGAGGCCUGUGUCAUUCGGGCCGGUCAUCCAAAAGGAAAUCGAUCCAGCGCCUUCUAGCGAGAGAUUUAUCAGCGGCAGAGCGCCCCGCAUGCCUCAAAGGAGGAUGUCUACCGGAAGCGACUCAUCCAGCAGUUUCAUAAGGUCCACGCGCCGUGCCAAAAAAGGUGGGCAGCAUACCAUGCGUCGCACCAUGCGGGGAGGCCCUCCGAUCCGUGCCAUGCCGCCGUCUCCUGGCCGGGCAUCAUCACCCACCAUAGAAAGUCGGCCUCUUUCUUCAGGGUCGGUCAUAGGUACCAUGCGCACUACAUUGCGGAGUGGACCCAAGAACGACAAGACUCCGAGCUUCUUCUCUAGCAGGUCUCCGAAACCGAAGGCUACCAAGACAGCCACACCUCGUUUCGUAUCACGAUUCCCAGAUUCGGAUGACGAAGAUGCUGAUUUCCGGCAGCGGAAACUUCAACGUCGAUACGAUGAUUCCAGUGACGAUGAGCAAGGCCGCGUGAUGCACAGUCUACGCCCGGUUCGCGGCAUUCCUCGACGGCAGGGAACAAACGACGGCGAUUCGACGGAACUGGAAGAUAGCUCCGAGAACGAGAGGCCGGCCACCCCUGCACCAGCAGCUGUCUCCAAGAAACCUGAUCUUCCUUCGCACGACCCAGGACUUGCUGCAGUGGCCAGGUCCCGUGGAAUGACAGAGGAGGAGCUGGAUGAGUUCCUCCACCGGCCGGCAAAGGGGCGAGUGUCUGGGAUUCUGGGCAGGUUCACUUUGAAGAAAUCCAGGCCACCCAUGGAACACAAAGCCUCCAAGUCCAACCCGGAGGACCUUGCUCACAUGCGGGACGAGAAUUUGCUGAAUCCCAGUCGGGGAACAACGGUCACAACCGUUACUGCCAACCACUCCGGGACUUCCCCUUCGAAGCUCACCAAGGGAGGCUUGAAGAAAGCGAACGGAAACAGCUGGCCAAUGGACUCUGGGCACAAAGGGUCAGAAGCCGCAGUGGAUGCCGGAACUGUGGCGGAACAGCACCCAGUAGCGACGGAUGCAUCUGGAGACGGAAGUGCAUCUAUUACCCGCCAUAGUGAGCCCACCACAAGGGACAGCGCAAUCAAUAUGCAAAGCUCCGAAGCCGCACCUCCGCGCGAGGAACAACACUUUGCUAACAGCAAUGGCAAUAAUAACGUCAGCGCAAAGGAUAUCGUCUUCCCACAGGGAGGGCGGAAGAAACGAUUUCCUCGUCUUCGAAAGGCAUUCGGCAUGCGCAGCUAA